GCUAGGCUCCUGGACGACCAUGGGAAGCACCACCCUACCAUCGGUGGGUGAGAUCCGGCGUUUGCAGCGCGCGGAGGGGCCUGCAGCCAUCCUCGCCGUCGGCACGGCAAACCCGCCCAACUGCGUUUCCCAGGAGGAGUACCCCGACUACUACUUCCGCAUCACCAAGAGCCAACACCUCACAGACCUCAAACAAAAACUCAAGUCCUUCUGCCAGAUGACCUCAACGGAGAAGCGCUACUUCCACCACACGGAAGAGCUUCUGGAAGACCACCCCAAUUUCUUCUGCCGCGGCAUACCGUCCCUAGACGCCCGGCUGGAAAUCGCUGCUGCUGCUGCCCCGGAGCUGGCGGCGUCAGCAGCAGCCAAGGCCAUAGCGAAGUGGGGCCGUCAGGCCACCGACAUCACCCACCUCGUCGUCGGCACCAACUCUGGUGCGCAAGCCCCGGCCGUCGACCUCCGCCUGGCCUCUCUGCUCGGCCUGCGCGCGUCCGUCUGCAGGACGAUGCUCAACCUCAACGGCUGCUCCGCCGGUGCCGCCUCGCUCCGUCUCGCCAAGGACCUGGCCGAGAACAACCGCGGCGCGCGCGUGCUGGUGGCCUGCGUCGAGCUCACCGUCGUCGCCUUCCACGGGCCCGAGGAGGCGUACCCACACAAGCUCAUCAGCCAGGCUGUCUUUGGCGACGGUGCGGGCGCGGUCAUUGUCGGAGCUGACGCCGUGCACCCCAUCGAGCGCCCGCUCUUCGAGAUGGUGUCGGCCUCACAGACCACGAUACCAGCAACCGACGGCGUGCUCACCAUGCAGCUCACGGAAGCCGGCCUCGACGGCCACAUCUUCACCAAGGAGCUAAUUCCUCUAGCAGCGCAGCACAUCGAGCAGUGUCUCAUGGACGCGUUCCAGCAGCUUGGAAUAAUGAACGGGGGCACGAACUGGAACGAUCUCUUCUUUGUGGUGCACCCUGGCACCCAUGGAAUAAUGGACCACAUCCAACGGGCUCUCCGGCUAGAUCCUGGGAAGCUGGCCGCUAGCCGGACUGUGCUGAGUGAGUACGGGAACAUGCUUGGUGCCACACUGAUCUUCGUGCUCGACGAGCAACGGCGGCAGAUGGAGGAGGACGGAGAGACGGGUGAGUGGGGUGUGAUGAUGGGAUUUGGACCAGGGUUCACAGUUGAGACCAUGCUGCUACAUGCGGUGGCCAGAAACCUGCACAACAAAAAUUGACACUCUAUCAAUUAAUAAGCUACUUCUGUCAUACUAUAUACUUCCAAACUAAAAUAAGCAAGUUGAAUUGUAAACACUCACAUCAUAAGACCACGCGCAAGGGAAGAUCAGAAAAACUUCCCCACAUGCAUCCUAGCUACUACUACGGGAUACUUACCCCACAUGUCUCAUAUACUAGCAUGUGAUAUUAUAUAUACUACUUUAUAAUUAUAAGU